AAGGCUUCAUGCCAUUCGGGACAAAAUUGGUAUUGUUUCUUCCCACCAACGAACAAUCGUCACCCUUUGAAUUGGUAACAAGAAUUGCAUUCUUGAAUCGAUGUCAAAUAAUGAAAACAGUGAAACGUGGCGGCAAUCGACCUCCAUGUUCGCCGCCAUGCAUGCUCCUCCUCGAACUAUCAGCUCCUCCGUCUUUCUCGCAUUCCUUCACACCUCCUACAACAAGCUUUGCAUCAACCUUCAGUCAGUUCAUUUCCAACUUUUUGCUGCCAAGAAACCUUCUGAUUUCUACAUAUCAAGAGAAAAGAAAUCGUAAGAACCCAUUUUCCGGGGGUGAUACGACGCCGUGAAUGAGUACGGACGCCGGAGACGAUGGGGUGCGCAAGCCCUUAUUGCACACGGGCAGCUGGUACCGCAUGUCGGGCCUGGGUUCCCGGCAGUCCAGCAUCAUGGGCUCGUCGGUCCAGAUCUUGCGGGAGUCUAUUUCCAUAUAUCUCUGCGUGUUCAUUGUCGCGCUCGGCCCAAUCCAAUUUGGCUUCACAUGCGGAUACUCUAAUCCCACGCAAUAUGAAAUCAUUAAUGAUCUUGGUCUGACCAUUUCUGAGUUUUCCAUAUUUGGCUCUUUAUCAAAUAUUGGAGCAAUGGUUGGUGCCAUAGCAAGUGGGCAGAUUGCAGAAUAUAUUGGGAGAAAAGGGUCACUGAUGAUUGCUGCAAUUCCAAAUAUCAUUGGCUGGCUUGCUAUUUCAUUUGCGAAAGACUCCUCAUUCUUGUUUAUGGGAAGGCUGUUGGAAGGCUUUGGUGUCGGCAUAAUUUCUUACACGGUUCCGGUAUACAUAGCAGAGAUAGCACCUCAAAACAUGAGAGGAAGCCUUGGAGCUGCAAAUCAGCUUUCAAUAACAAUUGGAGUAAUGCUGGCAUAUCUGCUGGGCCUUUUUCUACCAUGGAGGAUACUUGCAGUUUUAGGAAUUUUGCCAUGUACAAUCUUGAUACCUGCUCUGUUCUUUAUACCAGAAUCUCCUCGUUGGUUGGCUAAAAUGGGCCUGGAAGAUUUUGAGACUUCUUUGCAAGUUUUACGGGGAUUUGACACAGACAUCUCAAAUGAAGUAAAUGAGAUUAAGAGAUCUGUGGGUUCAUCAAGCAAACAAACUGCUAUCCGGUUUUCAGAGCUCAAGAGAAAACGAUAUUGGUACCCUUUGAUGGUAGGAAUUGGAUUACUCAUGCUUCAACAAUUAAGUGGUAUCAAUGGCGUUUUCUUUUAUUCAAGUAGCAUAUUUCAGUCUGCAGGGGUCGAAUCAGCUAAAUCCGCGACAUUGGCACUUGGGGCUAUUCAGGUCAUUGUUUGUGCCAUAUCAGCAGCCUUGGUGGACAGAGCGGGUCGCAGAGUUCUUCUUAUAGUGUCCUGCUCACUAAUGACUGCCAGCAGCCUCGUUGUUUCAGUGGCGUUCUAUUUAAAGGAUCCUGAAAAUACUGAUUCUAUACUGGGAGUAUUUGCGCUAGUAGGACUUCUGUUUUUAGUGCUCGGUUUUUCUAUUGGACUUGGUGGUGUACCAUGGAUUAUAAUGUCUGAGAUUCUUCCUGUGAGCAUUAAAAGUCUUGCGGGCAGUGUAGCCACAUUAGCCAAUUGGUUGUCAGCGUCAGUGGUUACAAUGACAGCCAACUUACUCUUCACUUGGAGCUGUGGAGGGACUUUCCUCAUUUAUGCUAUAGUAUCAGCUCUUACUGUAGUGUUUGUGGCCUUCUGUGUUCCUGAAACCAAAGGGAAAACGCUGGAAGAAAUUCAGUUGUCCUUUAGAUGAUAUUAUUCGCAAUGUGAUAUUAUUCAGAGUACAUCUCUGGUGUUACCGCGCACCAAUAUAGUUUUUUUCUUGUGAGUGUAUGUUAUUGUAAAAAUUGCUUCCUCCGCAAUUUCACAGUCCAGUUGUUCGCGUCCAAUGUCAUUUUGUAUUGGAAAAAGCACAGUGAUAUUACAUGCAAUACAAUCCAUCAAAAGUUCAUUU